ACCUCCCGCAACAGGUGAAGAGUAUCUCCGUAUGGUAAGGUUGGAGGCGAAGAAAUCACCAAACGUGUACGUCUCCGAUACUCCAAUCCCAAAAAAUGUUUCCGGUGGAAGCGGCAGUAACGUCAAGGUAGCCGGAUGGGUGAGGAGAGGUUGGGAAAGUACAAAGACUACAUUGGUCGAGGAACAAGAUAGGCGAAAUAGGGAAGGUGGCCUGGUCGAUGAGGAGUGGGAAAAUCGAUUUCUGGAGAGAUUCCAGAAUUUACGAAAGGCGUUACAACUGUACAUGGUUAAGACGUCAAAAGAACAACAACCUUCGUCAAAUGAUCCACUUCGUCACCCGGUGAAACUACCAAAAUGUCAAGACGAAGUUGGGUGGUCAAGGUUCUGCUACGGCUUGAAUUUUUCGGAAGUUGAAACGCCGAUGGAAGUUGAUGUAAACGAUGAAGCAGCUGCGAUGAUGUUACCCAGUUGGAAUAUGAUAUCGAGAAUGGAUCAGUCUACAACAAUUGCCCUGCUUUCUUAUCACAUCAAAUGGUUAAACACCGGAAUGUCCAUCAGCAUGUCUCAGUGGCUUUUUGCUCUGCUCAUUAGAAUCGACACACUUUUAACCCCUGGUCAGAUGGCAAUUCUCAGAGGACUUUGUAGAAAGUGUAUAGAGAUUCGUAAAAGUUUAAUGAGGGAAUUACGCGCGAUGAAUGACGAAGACGACACAACUUUGGCUUCGAUAAACAUGAUAAUUACAAUA